UUUGUGUGAGUACAGUACGUGAACACGAGUGCGAAAAUGAGGAGAGCUAAUUACAAGCCCAUUUUUGCCUCUUUUUUGCUCUCAGUGGUUACGAUCCAAUGCAUGCUUCAAUCUUCGGCAUCCCUGAGUGUCGGCUACUACAAGUCGAAAUGCCCGAACGCCGAAGGCAUCGUUGCAGACGCUGUGCGCAGCGCCAUCACCGGCUCCGGCGACCGCGGCAUUGGCGCAGGCCUCAUCAGGCUCCACUUCCACGAUUGCUUUGUUAGGGGAUGCGACGCCUCUGUGCUUCUCGACGGACCGAACACGGAGAAAACGGCGCCGCCGAACCUCAGCCUGCGAGGGUUCGAAGUGAUCGACACGGCCAAGUCCCGGCUCGAGUCCGCAUGCCCCGGGAAAGUCUCCUGCGCCGACAUCUUGGCCUUCGCGGCCCGCGACUUGGUGGUCCUGCUGGGCGGCGUCAACUACACUGUCCCCUCGGGGCGCCUCGACGGCAGCACCUCCAGCUCGUCCGAGGCCAUGCAGUUCCUGCCCCCGCCCUUCGGCGACGUCUCGCAGAUCCAGAGCAUGUUCGCGGUCAAAGGGCUGACCCUGGACGACAUGGUCAUCCUCUCCGGGGCCCACGCGGUCGGCCGGUCGCACUGCUCCUCCUUCUCGAACCGCCUCUACUCCUGGAACUCCCCCGACGGCGUCGACCCGUCCAUGGACAAGAACUUCGCUGCCUACUUGAAGACCAAGUGCCCGGAGAACGGCGGCGGGGACCCGGCGCACAAGGUGCUUUUCACGUCGGACCAGACGUUGCUGAACAACGCGCAGGCGGCGGCGCUGGUGAACCAAAGCUCUAACCAGCCGUACACGUGGCCGAGGAGCUUCAACAAGGCGAUGGUGAAGAUGGGCGCCAUCGAGAUACUCACCAGCGCCAACGGCGGCCGGAUCAGGAAGAAUUGUAGGGUGGCGAACUGA